AUGCCCAGUGAUUAUUUCCAGGCAAAAGCUUUGGCAGCAUUGGUCAAUCAUUUUGGUUGGCAAUGGAUUGGAGCCAUACAAUCAGACAAUGACUUUGGCCGAAAUGGGUUACAAGCAUUUACUGAAGAAGUUAAAACAUUUGGGGUCUGCAUUGCCUUUGUUGGAACAAUUCUACGUACAUAUACCAUUGAUAAACUUCUGCACGUUGUAGAAAUGAUCAAACAGUCUACUGUCAAAGUCAUUUUGGGUUUUGCUGCUGAAGGUGACUUCUUCCCUUUGAUGAGAGAGAUAGUGAAACAAAACAUAACAGGGAUUCAGUGGCUUGCUACACAUUCCUGGGUAACAGCAGCUCGACCUUCAUCUGUGGAAAUGUACCAGUCUUUUGCUGGAACCCUUGGGUUUGUGGGUCAAAAGGCUGCUAUGUUGAACCUGAAACCCAUUCUUACAAGCAUAAGUCCUUACAAGGAUCCAAAUGCAGCUUUUGUGAGAGAUUUCUGGGAGAUUAUGGUUGGAUGUAGACCUGUUUUACCUGGGGAGCAAAUUGAUAUUGAGUCAAUAGGUAAAUUAUGCAAAGGUAAUGAGACAAUAAAUUUUCAGGAUAUGUUCUUUGAUGUAACAGAGCUCAGAGACCCUUAUAAUGUGCAUAAAGCAGUUUAUGCAAUUGCACAUGCUCUACAUCAGCUGCUAUUCUGCCAACCAGUUGGAAUAAAAACUGUGAAGCCUUGUUUGAAUUUAUCAGAGCUUCAGACUAAACAGGUCACUGAACAGUUGCAAAUGUUGAAUUUCACAAAUCAGUUUGGAGAUAGCAUCUUCUUUGAUAAAAAUGGAAACCCUCCACCUUAUUAUGACCUAAUUAACUGGCAGCUGAUUAACGGAAAGGUGCAGCAUGUUACAGUGGGUCAUUAUUCUUCUUUUGUUAAUGGUGUUUAUAAGUUAGAGGUUGACGAGGAGGACAUAGCGUGGAGGACAGGAAACGUUCCAACAUCCUCGUGCUCUAAUGUUUGUCCAAUAGGAACCAGAAAAGCUCAAAUUAAAGGAAACCCCUCCUGUUGUUUUGACUGUGUCCCAUGUGCAGCAGAGUGCUCCCCCUGUCCAAGGGAAUACUGGUCAAAUGACAGGAAGGAUGAGUGUAUUCCUAAAACCAUUGAGUUCCUGACAUACCGGGAACCCAUAGGAAUAGCAGUCACAGUGGUAUCACUGCUAGGAGCCUCUCUGUCACUGGCCACGUUGAUGGUUUAUAUCCGCUACAGAGAAACCCCUGUGAUUAAGGCCAGCAACUCUGAGCUGAGCUGUUUCCUGUUGUUCUCUCUCUUGCUGUGUUUUCUAAGUCCUCUCACUUUCAUUGGCAGACCCACAGUCUGGACAUGCAUGCUACGCCACACAGCAUUUGGUGUGACCUUUGCCCUUUGUAUUUCCAGUGUCUUGGGAAAAACUAUUGUUGUUGUCACAGCUUUCAAAGCCACAUUUCCAGGCAACAAAGCUGCAACUAAGUUUGGUCCCUCACAGCAAAGGAUCAUCGUUUGCUCCUGCACUGUGAUCCAGAUAAUCAUCUGUGUAUUGUGGCUUAGGCUGAACCCACCUUUCCCAGACAUGGUUUUCAGAUACAACAAUAAGAAUAUUGUUUUAGAAUGUAACCCAGGCUCUGAGGCAGCUUUCUACGCAGUGCUGGGCUACAUAGGACUGCUGGCAAUAACAUGUUUAGUUCUGGCAUUUCUAGCUAGAAAGUUGCCUAAUAACUUUAAUGAGGCUAAGUUCAUAACAUUUAGUAUGCUGAUAUUCUGCGCAGUGUGGAUCACCUUCAUCCCAGCCUACAUCAGCUCUCCAGGAAAGUUCACUGUAGCUGCUGAAACAUUUGCAAUUUUGACUUCAGCAUUUGGCUUAUUAAUUUGCAUCUUUGUACCUAAAUGCCACAUUAUUUUUAUCAAACCAAAGAAAAACACCAAAAGACACAUUAUGGGAAAGUUCUAAAGUACUAGUUUAUUUUUUUAUUAGUAGUAAUGUAGUAGUAAUUAGUAAUGUAGC